AUGGUAACGUCUAGACUUGACAACCUACUAACGUGGGGUAAGCAAAAUGGAGUUAAAUGGCCGCGCGAAGUGGACUUUGUCGAGAAUACUGACAGAGGAGUAGCUGGUGUUGCCAAUAAAGAGAUCUCCAGUGCAACUUUCGAAGUUCCUUCGGACCUCAUUAUUCGUGGAGCCCUGGCCAAGUGUUUUUUCAAUGUUGACUCUAAUCUUAAUACAUGGCUUAAGUUGUUGGUAGCCAAGCUCAAGUUUGACCCGAGUCCAACGGUGGUUGAGUCUCAAAAUUUAAACGAGAAAUUUGGCCCUUACAUUGAUGCUUUACCGAGAGAAGUAGACUCCCCACUCGUUUGGAACCCUGCCGAACUUCUGGAACUUGGCAAUUCUAAUCUGAGGAGCUCACUGCCGAUGAAGUUGAAGUCUAUUUUUCAUGAGUGGAGAGGUGCUGUCGAACAAUUACAAAACCAACUCAACACUGGCGAAAGAGUUCAAGAGGAAUUCGAUUCAAUACAGCAGCUAGUAGCCGAAGGUGAUGAAGAGCACAUAUAUCAGGAAAUAACAUCUAAGGUUUUCGAUGAUGAGCUGAAUUUGCCUUGGACAUCCUUCCCUGCCUUUCUGUGGUCACACCUCGUCUUCUUAUCUCGAGCUUUCCCUGAACACAUCCUUACUCCAGAAGUAGACCCGUCUAGUGUCAUUCUAUUACCAAUAGUGGAUUUAUUAAAUCACAGCUACAAUUCUAAGGUUGAAUGGUCUAACGCACAUAAUUCUUUUUCGGUUACGAAGCUGGAACGCACCAGAGAAGGUCAGGAGAUAUUCAACAACUACGGUGGUAAGGGAAAUGAAGAACUUUUAGUUGGAUACGGUUUCGUGCUCGAAGAAAACAUUUUUGACACCGCUGCAUUGAAAAUAAAAUUGCCACUUGCUGCCAUCUUGCGGCUCCAAACUGAAACUUCUAUCAAACUGCCCACCAUGUUGGAUUACACUACAUCGGCAUUCGAAGUUUCAUCGGGUCGGAAAAUACCAAGCGGCAACGAAAACGAGCUGUCACAGUAUGAGGACGGGCUUCUGUAUUUGUUAAGCACUUCCAAUAGCACUUGUCUCGAAUGGCUCUUGGAUCUCUUCGCAUGGUUGGGGAAAAAUCUUGCCGAGUCACAUUUGAGUUUGAGGACUAGACUCCAAGGCUUGCAAAACUUACGAGCAGCAAUUGAGGACAAGUAUGGAAGUCUGAAAGCAGUAUCAUCUAGACCUCUUACGGUAUAUACUGCAAAGGACUAUCGCGUGCGUAGCGCUCGAAUUUACAAAUCGGGGCAACUACGGAUAUUAAAGGAUGCUAUAAAUGAACUUAAACGUACAGAGAAAAGAUGGACGGCCCAUCAUAAGCAACAUACACUUACGGUUAGCAAGAUAUUGCGAGAUGAUCCUAAUUUUUUCGAGGAAGAACUUCCUCGCAUUUUACAAUCGAACACAGAUGACGAAAUCGAACUAGACUCAUACCACGACUUACUGUUCAUGUGGGUAACCUGCAAAGUUCAAUAUCAAAGCAUUCCCAAGGAUAUACAGUGGGUGACCUCUCAGUAUGACAAGUUUUUGCAAACUCAUGCAAAUGAGCCUGACCUGAUCUCGGAAGACGUCAAGAAAGUACACGCGAAGGUAUUCUUCAACGAUCCUAAUAAACUCAUGUUGAGACCGUUGGCUGCAGCGGUGGCGUUUGUGGAGGCAAGUUCCUACACCAGGCUAUCUAACGAUGAAAUGAUUUUGGUUCAAGAUACUGAUUUGUAA